AGUAUAGAUAAUUCUCUUACAUUAUAAACAUUAAGAUAUUGUUGAAUUAUCCGUAAAUUUAAACCAACAGAAAGAAAUUCUAAGGAUAUACGUUUAUAUCGACAAACAUUUAAUUUAUUUAUUUGAAAAGAAAGGUCAUUUUAAAUAAAAUUCAAAGUUAAAAUUCAACGGUAUGUUCCCUCUCCCAGUCAAUAAGAUUUCAUAUUCCUGAUCCAGUUGAAGUUUAGUGACAACUCUUAAGUAACGUACAUCAUCAUGGCGACAUUACCACCACGAAAAAAUCCCUUAAGGAAGAAGAUUUUUAAACAACAAAUGACUCCUUUGCAAACCCUUUUGCAACUUGGAUUUCCGAAACAUCGAGCAGAAAAAGCAUUAGCUGCCACCGGACACCGUGGCAUUCAGCUUGCAUCUGACUGGUUACUUGCUCAUGUCAAAGAUCCGACUUUAGAUUUUAUUACGCAUAGACAAUAUGUAUUGUAUGCUUGUCCUACUGGAGCAUUAGCUGAAACUCUUUCAAAGUUUUGGGCUGAAAGCGAACAGUUAGGUUGGAAUGGAGCACUUAAUUAUAUGCCACAUAUAACGCUUGUAUCUUUUUUCCAAGUAUCAGACGAACUAGAACCAGAAUUUGUAUAUUCUCUUAAUAAUAUCAUAGAUCGCAAUGAACCUUACAACAGGGUUCAUUUGGAACCAUAUAUUUCAUCCAAUUUUAUGGGACUUUUUGUCAAAGAUGAGGAUGCUAAAUGGCUUAACAAAAUUUCUGCCAAUUAUGCUGCUAAAUUAUCAACCUUUAAUAUCGUUGCCAAUCAUCAAGUUAAGCCGUUACAUCUUACAUUGGCUUAUCAGUUUCCCAGCAACUUGUUUCAACCUCUCCGUACAAUGGUUGAAAAAUUGAAACCAGCUACAGUAGAUAAUUGGGAACUUAGAUUAUACUCUCGGGACUCUAGAUUAAAAAAUUCCCGUGUACAUAAAGUUAUAUACGCGUACACAUCCAGAGAAGAUGAUGAUUUGGAAUUAAGAGUAGGAGAUUACAUUUACAUAAUGGAAGAAUCAUACAACUCUUCUACAGAUGGAUGGGUUGAAGGUACUUCAUGGUUGACCGGGGCUACAGGAAAUUUUCCUUUAAAUCACACAAAACGAACAGCUGAAUCAGAUUCCUGGACAUUGCAUUAUACUGUACAAAUUAAUAAUAAUGUAGAAGAUAUUGUGGAGGAAGAAGAAGAAGUGAGUCACCAAAUAAGCAGUACAAAUAUAGAAGAAUCUGUAGAUACAACCAGAGCAGAAAUAGAAUCAAUAGAAGAGUCCACUUCUUCUUCGUCAUCUGUAAUUCCAGCAAGACAACUCGUGAUAUGUCGUCAUGGAGAAAGAGUAGAUUUUACAUUUGGUGAAUGGAUCCCAUAUUGCUUUGAAGAUGGUUCUUACAUACGUAGAGAUCUAAAUAUGCCAAAGGUUAUACCAACAAGAAAUAUAGAUGAAUUUAAGCAUGACGGUCCUAUAACGUCAGUUGGAGAACUACAAGCAAGAUUGAUUGGGGAUGCAAUAAAAUCAUCUAAAAUGCAAGUAGAUGCAGCUUUUACCUCGCCGUUUCUAAGAUGUAUUCAAACGCUUAAUAAUAUUUUAAAAGGUUUAGAAUUAGACAUACCCAUAAAAAUUGAGCCAGGUUUAACAGAAUGGUUAGCAUGGUAUCCAGCUGGUGUACCUACCUGGAUGACUCCCGCAGAAUUAAUUAAUGCAGGUUACAACGUGGAUACAAAAUAUAAUCAUAUAAUUGAAGUUAAAGAUCUCACUAUAAAAGAAACUUCAACGCAGUAUUAUGAAAGAAGCUAUAAAUUAAUUAAACAUAUUAUUGAAAAUACGAAAGGUAACAUUCUCAUAGUAGGUCAUGCUAGUACUUUAUCAGCUUUAACUAAACAAUUGACCGGCGGUGAGAUACCACCACCGUCAGAAAUUACGAAAAUAGCUCAAAAAAUAUCAUACUUGGCAUGUGCAGUUACUAGCAAAGAAUCCAAUGGAUGGCAAGUUCAGGCGCCUCCUUUCCCUCCAAUCACGCAUACUAGUAAUAGCAAAUUUGAUUGGAAAGUUUUAUUGUAAAAGAAUGAACUAGUAUUUAAGACGUAAUAGGAUUGCGAUCGUAAAAGACUGUUAUGAUACAAUGAAUUUUUUAUAAGUAUAGUUUAUAUAUUGAAAUGAAUGAAUCGAGCAAUCCUAUUUAAAAGUUUACAAUACGAGAAACGCACAUUCUUAUUAUUUAGAGAUUAAGAAUAUUGAUAAAUAAUGAAUAUAAAAUGUUUGCAGUUUAAACUGCGCUUUUGCAGAAGAGAAAUAUUAAUUUUAAUACAUAGAAUAUACAUACACUUCGUUAAAAUGUACUUAUGUUGUACCUGCAUUUAAAUUUAUCGUAAGUCUUAUAUGAAAAUAAUUUAUUUUAUUAGUUUUAAAUGUAAACAACUGAACGAUUUAACAUCAAUUUUUCAAUGUAAAUAAUGAAAAAAAUCAGUAGUAAAUAACUUUAUCAACUGUGUCCUGUUACUUGUAAUUUCAUUGUUGACAAUAUUAAUGUAAAUUGAUACAAUUGUUAUUUUAUAUCAGAAUCGUAGUGCUGUUUUUACAAAGGUGGCUUUAUAAAUUAUGUUAUAUUUUAUUCAAGUUCUAUUUGUUAUCAAGGCACAACAAAAAAUUUUAUUAGUAAAAAAAUCAGAAACAA